AUGGAAGAUUUCGGAAAAACAGCGAAGGGCACUCCCGUGAAAAAGAUAACCAUAAGGCCGAAACUCCCAGAAAAAUUGGCCUCGGGCAGCGAUGGUGAAGUAUGGAGCGGAGUGAGAGCCGUAUUCCUCAACUACGGUGCAGUCCUCCAUCAGCUGUGGAUCCCUGGCCACACGGACACGAACGGCAAGAAGACGACGUCCCUCACGUUGGCCGAUGUGGUUCUCGGUUAUCCGGACGUCAGCGGUUACGAGAUAAACAAACCCUUUCACGGGGCCAUAGUUGGGCGUGUGGCUGGUCGCAUUAGUAAUGCCCGCCUGUGCAUUCCCUACGAACUGGACCCCUCCAUGAACGGCUUCUAUAGAUUGACGGAUAAUAUGAAGAAACUACACUGUCAUCAUGGCGGAACGUUAGUUGUAACUUUUCACUUCGUUGCUUGCCACUUCUGCCCUUCAUUUUUAACGAUCCCGGCAGUGUUUAAAGGAAUUAGAGAUGUAUAAUCCCCUUAGGAUUAAAAUAUCUCCCACUAUUAGGACCAGGCAUCAGGCAACGCUUUCUGUCCUGAAUGUAGGGCUUUGGAAUAGUAAUACCCAAUCGAGUAACAGAGACUUUAAAAGGUGAAAUCUUCGCUUUAGGUAUGAUUAAGGCGAUACGUUUUUGCUUUAUUCUUUAAAGUUCAGCGUUAGUUCGGAAAAAAUAGCUGUUUCACUCGGUUUGACCGAGCGAAGAUUUCAAAUAUUACCUUUAUUGCAUACUACAUAUAGCAACCUUACUAGCAUGCGGCUGCUUCAAGGGUUGAGGUAAAUUGGGCAAGAUUUUCACGAAUUCCAUGAUACUUUGUGGUUUGCAUCAUAUACUGUAAUAAAUACAGUUUUACUUAUGUGAUUUAAAAAUUUGGCCCGUCAUUUCUUCUCGUCUGUUCUCGUCCAAACGGUGGGAUUAAGGGCAGGGCCGGGAUUUAAAUAGAUAGCGCAGUUCAUCCUAGUUCCCCGUAAAACAACUAACAGAAAGCGGUUUGCCUGCGGUAUUGUUUCUACUGUUUGAUUUACGCAAGGAGCUUACUCAUGCUGUCUGUUCUGUAAAAAGUCUUGCUGUAUUAUGAUCAGUUGUAGUGAAAAUUAAAGAAGGCCGAUCUCGGAGAUCAGAUCAUAGCCCCGCCCAUCCCAAUGCAGUCCAGUCUUCAAGACGGGAACGUGUGCUAGCAGGGAACAAUAGGCAAAUAUGUUGCUAAACUGUAGGGCCCUGAUUAUGAUAAUGUACAGAGUGGAGGAUUUAUUUCAUACUUUCAUACCGAACUACUGGACAGAUUAACAGCCGUAUUUCGAGAACUUAUAGGUGUUUCCACCAUUUGCACUAUAUUUCAUUUUCUAAUAAUUUUGUCCGAAAAUUCGGAUAAAGCAUUAAGUUAUUCAUUUCAAACUAGGCUGCAUUUCGCCAAAUUUUUCUAGUAGUUUUGUUUACAUUCAUGAGGUUCUUAAUGCUUCGCUUGAAGUUUGCAAAAAGCACAAAAAAUAUAACCUCCUCUAUUUAUAUGCACUCCACGAAAGAAAAUGUGGCGUGACCAAUGACCCGCACUUGUAACUGCUUGACCCAAUAAGCUACGAUGACAGGAGUUAGUCUAAUUUUUCGGACAAUAAGCUUUUUGCUUUCGAAUUAUUUCAAGUCCGAUUUGUUGCUACCAUUAAGAUCGUCUGCACACACGCCCAUUACCGCAAUCCUCGAGGUUGGCUACCUACUGCCUACGUUACUGCAAAAUAAUUCUUGACUGACAUCAUCAAAUGUGUUCUGGUUAUCUUGUCAGUAGUGUCUCGGAACCAAAAAUACAGUCAGUGCCCGAUCUCAUGAAAUGUCGACUAACAAUUUUAAAUGCGUUUUCGAUUUUGGCGGGGUUGGAAGAAUGAACAUCAUGCAGCACAAUCCCCUGCUAUUGCAAACACGAUAGAAUGCUGGCUUUUGAAUGCGACAACUGUGGUCGGCUGCGGAAACUGCACUCGGCAAAAAAAACUGCUUGCGCAAUAUGCACUUUUCCUAUUCAUUUGAGUGGCUUUCACACAAAUUUUCGUGAAGAUACUUUCACGAGGGCAAGUGUCAAUUGGCAGCUGCAUGGAUGUUUACUUCAACGAACGUACGGGGAGACAAUGAUUGAUGAGGAACUGGAUCGAAAGUCCGACCCCCUGAAAUGGCGUCAGAUGCCCUAUCACUCAACGAUCGCACUCACACUCCACAACUUUUUUCAAGGUUUAAUCGUCCCCGAGGCUAGACGUAGGGGGAACUUAUCGAUUCACUUAUACAGUAGAUGGACUAACUCAUGAAAUGUCAACUGAAAUUCGGAAGUGCGUCUUCGUUUCGAAAUAAUUAGUUAAGUAGGGUUGCAAAACUAAUCAUCAUGCAGACUAAUUAUAUAAUAAUUCAGUUACCUCAGGAUGUCGGCUUUCGAAUAAAUUUCUUUUCGGCUGUAUGCAAAAAUCAUACACUGUAAAAAUGACCACAUAUGUAGCAUGCAUUUCUCUCAUUGAUUUUCGAUGCCCUUAACUAUUCAAUUAUAUUUCAUGGAAAACAGGCAUAAAAAUAUUCAUCCUUUCGCUCAUUCGGUUGAAAAUGACGUCUUCCAAUUUUAUACUGAAAGGAAGGACAUAAUUCCGUUUUCAAAAACUUUUCCAGAUUUCGAGUAGUUUUAAGCCCGAAAUGCAGUUACAUUUACAUUCAAGGUUUGCAAACUACAAAUCAUAUAUUUUCUGCGUACGGACAACCAUACAUUCCUCUACAGUGUUAAGAGGAGACCAUAUAGAGUUCAUAAAAUUUAGCAGUUGAUUUGAGCCGUAUUGUUAACUUAAAAAGCUACAUUGGUAAAUGCAGAGACAUGACGUUUUAUGAGCGGCCAUUUCACGGUAUCAAAAAUUCACAGAGUAAUAAACUUUCUGGAACCAAAUUAUACACUCCUUCGAGUAUAAAAUCGGAAGAAGACGCCAUUUUCUACCGAAUGUGCAAAAGAAUGAAUAUUUUUGUGCAUGUUUUCCCUGAAAUAUAAUUGAAUAUUUAAGGGCAUCGAAAAUAAAUUUGAAAAUGUACCCUACUUAAGUGGCCAUUUUUUGCAGAGUAUGGUUUUUCCAUGCAACCGGGAAGAAAUUUCUUCAAAAGCCGACAUUCUGAGGUAACUGAUUUAUUAUUGAAUUAUUCUGCACGAUGACUAGUUUUACAACCCUACUUAAUCCAUCUUUUUGAAGCGAAAACACAUUUCGGAACUUCGGUUGACAUUUAAUGAGCUAGCCCAUCUACUGUACGACUGGCAGUCGUGAGUGGGAUUUCUCAGAGGUAGAUCACGCGACCGAAAUUCCAUAAAUUGGCUGUUCGUACCUGUUGCACUGAAAACGCUCAUAAUCGGUAUGAUUUCCCCAUUUGUUAUUGUCCUCCCUAGAAAGUGUUCGUACUGAAAACGUCACGCUUCCUGCAGAAAGUGCUGUUGUCGAAAACCGUGGCUCAUUGUAUCCUGCUUACAGUAAGAUUUAGGUUUAGUCUUUUUGCAAAGACAGUCUAAUGUGAGAGAUGGAAAUAAGGCCAUGAUAGGAAGAAGAUGAGCUCACUCAUUGAAUAGGCAGGAAAGCCAACUGUAAAUGACUCCUCCUACGCUUUGCUUUCGUUGCUAUUGUAAGUUUCAGUCACACUUUGAAAUACUUAACUCACUUUCCCUAUUUUUUGACAUUUACCCUACUAUCGAGAUGCCCCAUCCGCAAAACCACCAGUCCGGUAAGACAGGCGGUUGUGGUUAGCUGGUGAUACUUGGGGGCCUUCAUUAGAUCCUUGCCGGCCUUUUUGUAGAAACAAUCUUCUGUAAGAUAUGAGGAUAGGGCCAUGAUAGAUGGAGGGUGGGCAAACUCACGAGAUAGGAAGGAAAGUCAACUUUGAAUGAUUCUUUCUGUGAAUACGGUGAGGUGUUCAGUCCUAAUAUCUGACCCAGGAUUAUCCUGAGGACGACAGAAACAACGCGACCUUUUAAAAACUGCUCAUAAUCCUUCGAGAUGCACUCAAACGGUCUGACGGACUCGUGAGUAAAAUAGCUAACGGCCUUUGCAUAUGUGACUCUUCUGUUCUACUAACGACAGCUUUGACAGCAUAUGUGAGUCUAAGCAUGAAGCCUCUGUUGGUAGUCCGGGUAAAUCAGACCAAGGAAUCUGUUCUCAUUGUUAAAUUGAUUUAUGCAUCAUUCCUCCUAGAGCGCUUUUGUUUCGGCAGCUAGAACGCCGAGGAUAAACGGUUGCCAAGGCAAGAGUAGUUUACACAAAUCUAUCCUCGCACGGAACCCAUUCUAACCCAUUCUACGAGCUGUGCUAAAACAAACUAAUCAGCUAGGCAUUAUACCGCCUGAACUAUGGCGGCUGCAAAUUUCGUGAGGUGACUUGACAGUUGUCAUUAGAGGUGGGUUACAAUAAAUUUCUAGGUCUUGUCCACGGGCGCCAACUCACCAUCUGGUGCGAGUUGAAUAAACGAUACUGUUGCACCGCCGCUCAUCGUUUCUGAACUACGAGGGAAAGAAUAUGGACCAUGUGGCAGCGCAGACUACCACCCUCUUUUCCCGCAACCCGUUUGAGGACUAAUCACCCACUCGCGUUAUUCUUAGCCAGUUACGCUGUCAUCAUCUUAACUCAGAAUAUCCUUCAGAGACACUUGUUGCAGUAGAACAGUCUGCAGGAAUGUUAGGUAGAAUGUAGGAUAUCUUCUUGCAAAGGACAGCUGACUUCAUUUACUUAUCAACACAUCAGUCUCAUAAAUGUAAGUUUUAAGAGCGACCAGAAGGUUUAAUUCUUUUCACCUAAAUUCAGGUUUGGACUAUCAAAACGGACAUGGGAGAUUCUUGAAUUGAAGUCAGACAGUGUCAAGUUUAAAAUCUUCUCCCCUGAUGGUGAUGAGGGUUUUCCCGGCAACCUAACCGUUUAUGUGAGCUAUCGCAUAACGGUCAACUCUGAGGAGAAAAUCGAACUCUCCAUCGACUACUUCGCCAGCGUGGCAGGCGGCAUCACUCCACUGAGUCUAACCAAUCACACUUAUUACAAUCUGGCGGGUCACCUAGCGGGACCGGAGGCCCUGGACCGACACAUCGCUUGCAUCGCUGCGGACCGGCUUCUCGAGACCGAAGGCGAUCUCAUUCCCACGGGUCGAAUCCAGAGGGUAGAAGAGGUGGACGGCGCAGAUCUGCGCAAACCAGUUAGCCUGAAAGAUGGUCUGCAGAAGAUCCAGCCAGCACCGUUUCAGGGCUAUGAUGAGUACUACAUCUUCAACCAGAUUCCUCCAGAUGAGGCCAAGGUAACCGUCUCGGAGCCAAAUUCUGGCCGGCGGGUUGAGGCCUUCAGCGACCAGCUGGGAGUCCAGUUCUACACUGGCAAUUGUCUGGAACCAAAAACUGAUCCGGUGGGAAAAAAUGGCUACAGUUACCCACAACACAGCGGUUUUUGCAUUGAGUUGCAUGGCUUCCCGGACGCAGUGAAUAAACCCAAUUUCCCACAGUGCUUUAUUAUUCCCAAUGGGAAGCCCUACACUCAGAAGUCAAAGUAUGUGUUCUCCUUCUAACUGCAUGACUCCUAUCUAGCCACAAGGUCUGCCUGACGACUUAGAUGACUUAGUUUUACUCCUUAUCCUUUUUCCAACUGCCUCUUCGACAGUAAGGCGGCGCGCUUGUCCUCAGUCAUGUUUUUUAGACGGACACGUCCUUAUUCGCGCUUUUCGCGUCUAAUCCUGGACUUGACCGUGCAGAGGAUAUGGUUCCUCAUAUAUUUUGGCCCUUUAAAGCUUGCCAUGUGGUGGUUCUGUGCGAAUCUUUCCAUCUCAAAUUAUUUUACUGUCGCAAUUGGUUGCAAUUAUAGUGUUAAACCAAUCACAUCUCUCUGUCACAUGGGAAUGUCAUUCACUGAUUCAUCUCCUUUUACUGAACGGACUACAAGUGAUUUCUUCUUGUUGUACAGCUGCAGUCCACAGAUUUGGCGGUUGGCCGCAUAGAGACGAGCAACUGAUACUCCCAGUGCUGCUGACAAAGGGACUGGAAUUAUCGUUUCAGCUUGCCUGCUGCAGUCGUUUGGUGAUGAAUCAACCGCAGACUCUGAGAUGCCGGCUCACUCGGUUGUCGAACACUUGGGUUAGGAAUGUUUUACUUGAACCAGGAGUCAACGCCUUCUCAACCACAUACGGCUAUUUCAGUCUCCUCGUCAGGAAGACAUUUUAAUCACAUUUCCGACGCACCAUGUCACAUGCCCCUUACUUUUCCUUUGUGACUUGGAAGGUAAUGUGAUAGGGCAUGGGAGUAAGUGCCUUUGCGAAGUUACAUUCCCAAAGAGUGCCUACUUAUUUGAUUUAGGUAGCUGUAAAAACAAGUUUUACGGCGGAUUGGAUAGGAAAUGAUACGUGGACUGCAGAACUCAUUGGCGUGUUUGGGUUUACUGGGCGAGACUGACCGCAUGAACACGGCAUCAAUUUUUUCGGAAAUGGAAUAAGCGUACUGAGUCAGCGCUGGAUGUGUGUGCGAAGCCAGCAGGCCUACGCACCAGUUCAGAGCGUGCAAAGUAUUGGUGAGUUCAUAGCUAUACGGGGUAAUCGUUAGACGCGCCUACACAAACCAAAGACGCAUACGUAGCCCGACACGAAGUUGUUUACUUCCGCGAGUUAGUUGACGCAUGGGGCCACCAAUCGGGGUGUCUAUGCGAACGCAUCCAUGCGAAUAAAUGCGUGACUAAGAGGAAACCAAUUGAAGAUAAGAAGAUUGGCGGAGACGGUAACAAAAGGCAUAAAGGCGACCUUGUUGGUGGCUGGUACAAAGACGGCUGUGGACUAUAAAAUCCGUUAGAAACAUUGUAUAUGGCGUAGGCAAAGACUGCAUGGAUCCACACGUCAAUGGGCCUUGCAGAUAAGUUUAUUUGAAGUAAUAUUUCCCCGGAAUGAAUUAAAAGCAAGCAUAGACAGCAGAAUUUAUUGGAACCAAUAGAUUUCGCGACGGCUUAUCAACUGCAGCCUGUCGUUGCAUGACACAGAUACCAAAUGAAAAAAGUACAAAGGCUUGAACUUCCACGGAGAAAAUCAAUAUAAAACAGCAAGGUUAUCGUAUACUGCACGUAGACUAAUCAAUAAAAUGGCAACUUGAAAACGUAACAUAGGAAAGAAAACGGGAACACGCCGAGAGAUUGCACAAAGAAAAGGGCUCCGAUUUAUGAGGACAAGCUGAGGUUUACCACGUGGUCUAACUGUUUGCAUAGGUCAGGUCUCUGCCAGCCUAUAAGUAUGCGAGUUGUUCCUGCCCGGAUUUAUACUAGAAAAGAUGUUUUAGGGUCAACCGAAUGACCGCUAUCUAGGAGGUGCUUUGUGAUAGAAGACCGUGGAAUUUUAUUCGCCUGCUUUAGAAGCCAUUUAGGCAGGUGUUCCACUGACCUGGCUUCCAGUCGCCUUUGCGUUAGCCCAAUGUACUUGCAUUCGUAAGUGCAUGUGAAUUCGUAAACACAGUUUGACGUGGCGUGCAAUGGCAGUGCAUCCUUCGCCCGUGGAACUUGGAUAGCCUUAGUGGGGCUGCUAAAUAUGAGUUCAGCUGAAUUGUAUGUUUUUGCAUUGGCGCACCUCAAUCGUCGAUGUUGGUAUUUGAAAUGUUGCCACCCUUAAAGGGUAAAAAUAUUACAACGGGCUUUUUCGGAACUGACUGCUCCGUCAGGUUUGGCCGUAAAGUGUUGCCGUUGUUUGAAUCACAUAAGCAGACAAUCUAUGGGAAUGUAAUUCACGGGGUUUAUUUAUUCUCGUUUCCAAUCGGUAAUGGGACGGUAUAUUUUGGUUGAGGGAGUUUAGCAGAAGAUCUCAUUGGAACCAACUUCGUAAUUGAGAGUGUCUAGGAGCGGACUACGUCGAGGUAAAAAUUUAGUGGCUAUUUCAACCCAAUCUGAAAAAGAAGCAAAAAGUAGACUGUUCGAACGUCAUCAUAAUUUCCGAGCGAUCCUCUCCGCCUUUCCUCCUAGCUGGCGAGACUGAUAGUCACCGUCCACGGCCGCAAACACUUUUCUGCGGAAAUCAGGUAACCGUACGCAUAUGGACUUUAUCGAAGACAUUACUAGUACUACGGUAGGGCGUCCUCGUAUACCUUAACCCACUCAGCCCAAUUGACAUUAAAUCUCUCAUCCGCUGACGGCGCACCUCAUGUGGGCCCGGUUGCUGCUCGCUGAUUACUCAUUCGGCAAAAAAAUCAACCGGCAUUGGUCCAGCGCCAGCCAUUUACCGCUGUAAUCUCUCCGCAGGCAUAAAGGCUGUUCGGUCAACUUUCUCCUCUUGAUUUAGAAAUGCACAAUAAUAGUCAGUAACACUCGACACUGAAUGCCGCAUCCACCAUCUAACCUGUGGGUCGCAUAGGGCUAAUUUCGAAAAAACGGUCUCGUUGAUCCCAUUCUCACACCCUCUGCCCCAGUGCACUUAUUCAACCGGUGUCCAAAUCAGAAUGGUAAAACAGUGAGCCGCAGUGGUCUCUUGAUAAUCGAUACACUGUUUCAGUUCUGGCGAAUCUCCUUUCACAAAUAAAGCUUAUUUUUCCUCUUGCAUGGGAACGUCACCUAGUUGACAACAACCCCCUAAAGACUUGUCCGAUCGAUACGCAGCGAUCCAAGUUCCGAGAUGGUUUUCUAAUUAUUCGCGCUCUGUGCACCAGCGCAUAGAGUCUGACAGAGGAAACUCGAUGCAUCCGUAGACACGCUUAAGAUUUCUGUAGUGCUUAUGCUCAGCUACAGAUGGCUCUGAAAAUAGACAAUUAUAUUUGACAAAGCAAAACGCAAAAACAACCCGAGACGUUUAUAUUUUAAGACAAAUGCUAAACAGGCCCUAUAGUCUGGGGGUUUCAUGCCUAGUUUCUAAAACAAUGUCUGCGCCCAGUGAGAAUGGGUUACAUCAAAGAUUCAAACAUCAAAUGCCCAGUGACAGUUUGGUUAUGGCGGACAAUGGUGUCCAUCGAAUGUUCCACAUUCAGGUGUGCGCAGGGACAGUGGCUUGGUGGAUUCUAGGGUUGAUUACUUAGGAAAUCCUGCCCGGGCAGUCAGCUCACUGUACCAGAUUUUGUGGAUUCCAGACGUUGCAGUAGACUGGGCGGGUAACUUGAGUCAAAUGUGAUUUAACUCACGUCGUCCGGCGGGGCCUCGUAACUCAGGUAGCUAGAGCGUUGGUUGUACUAAGGCCUUCCCCUGCUGUCUUGUGUUCGAAUCCCACCGAGGCUCCGAGUUGUUCACGAUUGAGUCAGUAUGAACGCCAAGGCAAGCUGCCCUUUGUAUUCCUCGGCACAUUGGCUGACCACCAAGAAGUUAUCGAUGUAGGCGUACGCAAACGAUAGGCCAGGUAGGACAUUUUCAAUGGACCUCCGGCACGUUUGCUCGGCAUCGCAAAGACCGGAAGGCAUGCAGAUUAAAAGAGGCCAAAGGGUGGAAUGACGGCGGUUUUUGUGGUAUUGUCAGGCCUCUUUGUGGCGAUUGCAAGUUUUCAUUCUUGGUCCCGCUUCUCAUCUCUAAUAUUGCAAACUGUUCCAUCCGAUACAAAAGGUUUCCAACUCUGUGAACAAGGAAAACUUAACAUAUGAUCAUGAGCGAUCAUGUCCCCGCCAGUAGCUUAAUCUUGGAUAACGUCUUGUGCUAUAAGUGCAUCCCACCUCGUGUAACUCGUGCCUUUGACGUUCUAUCAGUUUGGGAAACACUGCAAUGACAUUAAAUAGUAAUUAAUUAUGUAUCCGCAAGUUGCGAAUUAACUCUGCGCUCCAAUGACCAAGACUAUGGAACGGAUGUCUUUUCCAUGAGAUAGAAUAGGAAGAAUUUUUUAUGCUCAGUAUGAUUACCUUUUUGUAGAAUGUUCAAUGGCAAAGGUACAAAAUCAUCAGAAAUGGAGAAAUGCACUUUCGCCGCAAAUGAUUUGCCGCUAAAUUUGUAUGAGUGUCUCGCAAAACUUACGCGUUUCUCUUGCCAAUAGUUCUCUGAGCGCUGAUCGACGCCUUUCGUUCAGAAUGCAGUAGGGUAUGACUCUAACCGUUACAACUUACGGGCCUAUCUUCUUAUCACAUCUUGACUUGACAAAUGUAAUAAAAAUGUCUUAGUGUGUUGGUGGGCUUUUCAGUUACGGAUUAUUGGAUACACACCCUCUUUGUCCUCAUGUAGCCUAUUUCCCUAAUAUAUGAUUGGCAAGUCGGGCUGUUUUGACGUCAUAUAACACCGCAGUUAACCGGUCUUAUUGCCUAAAGGUCACUAAGAGAUCGCUUUAAUGCAGCUCCCCGAUCUAUUUUAACAAAGGUGGCGUCUACCUUUUAGCGAUUCGUCAGGCCCCCCGGCGUCGUGAACUGGACCUGAACUCUAGUCUGGGUCGUCUCACGCCGGAUGGAGCACUCGUCAGUCAGUUGACAAAGGGUCCGGACGAGAAGGAAGCUGAAGCCUUGAUCGAUUCAGUCGGUGGGUGGAUCGUAGGAAAAGUUGUACGCAUUUUCUGAUUUUGGGCGCCAAUUAUGCAUUUAUCUGCUUUUACAACGUCCUGCAUACUCAUUCUUGUCUGAGAUGACAUGAUUAUUGUUUCCGUGACGCCAACCUGCGCUCUUAUGUCCAGUUCUUCACGAACAGCGUCUGGCAGUCUUAGUAUGACAGUGAAAAAUCACCUCCGACAGACUGGAGAGGACUAGAGAGGGCGGGUUAACUCGUGAAAUGUCAACCAAAAUUCCAAAAUGUGUUUUCGUUUCGAAAAGAUUAAUUAAGUAGGAUUGUAAAAUUUAUCAUCUUGAAGCAUAAUUCUGUAAUAAUUCAGUUACCACGGGAUGCUGAUUUUCGAACGAACAUCUUUCCAGUCGCAUGCAAAAACCACACUUUGUAUAAAAUGACUAUUUAGAUGGCAUGCAUUUUUUCGUGGAUUUUCGAUGCCCUUAAAAAUUCAAUCACAUUUCAUGGAAAGCAUGUAUAAAAAUAUCCAUUCUUUUGCACAUUCGGUAGAAAAUUGUGCCUUCUUUCAAUUUUAUUCUCGAAGAAGCGGUAAAAUUCGGGAUCCAAAAACUUCUCCAAUUCUCGAAUAAUUUUAAACCCGACCUGUCGUCACACUUGCAUUCAGGCUUUCCAAACUAUCAGCUGUAUAUUUUCCGCGUGCGAAAAACCAUACAUUUCUCUACGGUAUAAAGAGGAAGCCAAAUCAGGUUCAUAAAAUUUGGCAGUGGAUUUGAGCUAUAUUGUUAACUUUACAAGCCACAUUGGUAAAUGCAGAAGCACGAAUUUUUAUAAACGGCCAUUUCACGGAAUUAAAAAAUCUCACAGUUAGAAACUUUUUGAAACCCGAAUUUUACUCUGUUUUCGAGUAUAAUAUUUAAAGAAGACGCAGUUUUCUACCGAAUGAGCAAAAGGAUGGAUAUUUUUAUACAUGCUUUCCAUGAAAUAUAAUGGAAUCUUUAAGGGCAUCGAAAAUCAAUGAAAAAAAUGCAUGAUACUCAAGUAGUCAUUUUUUACAAAGUGUCCUUUUUGCAUGCGGCCGGAAAGAUUUUCUUUCGAAAGUCAGCAUCCUGGGGUAACUAAUUUAUUGUAGAAUUACGCUUCAAGAUGAUAAAUUUCACAACCCUACUUAAUUAAUCUUUCGAAACGAAAGCGCCUUUCGGAAUUUCGGUUGACAUUACAUGAGUUAGCCCACCUACUUUACAUCGCCAGUGGUAGCUCUGAAUUGUCAAUAACUGUCACGUUGGUGAACUGGAAACGCCUGCUGGCGGAUCAAUUAAUCGAAAUGCGGCGUGCUUGACGUUGUGCCGUCUUUGACAGUUACGAGUCUCGCCCCUCCUUCUUCUCAUUCUUGCCAUUGUGGCAACUUUGCGGCCUUUCCUCAUGUUUUAAUUAACCGGCGCUAAAAUGCACAUGGUCUGCGUGAAGGAAACUGAUUUUUAAAAAUACCUUUUUAUUAGCGGAACGGGCCACUUAAAAUAGUUUUUUUAUGUUCGAUCUUUUGAGCCAAGAAUGGAUACAAGACAAUGUUAGCUCAAAACUUUCUCAGACACUCGCGUUAGCACGCGUGUGGUCGGCUACCUCCACCUUUCCCAUGCGAAUUAUCCGUCGACGCAUUCCGAGGUGUCCUUUUGUACUAACUGAUGCGAAGUUGAGAAAUCGAUUUCAAGAAACGCGACUGGCGAUUAUGCUUCAAAACGACUGGGAAUCAGUAAACGUUUUGGUACUACAGUAGCCUGUAUAUUCAUCUACUAACUUGCAAGAGAAAGUAGGCUUCUACAGAACGAUUAUAUGGCAUGCUACAUGUUUGAUAGUAAAUGGAUGAUGCAUAAUACUUGAGUAGCGCUUCUAUGCCGAGGGCGAUCGAAAAUGGAGUCUAGAAAAUCUCUAAUGUCAUGGAGGCCCCACUCAAACAAUGCGUCCCGUUCGAAUGAGUAAAGUUCAUGCGAGUUAUUAGGCAAGUUAUACCAGAGACCGUUUCAGAGGCCAAGCUGAUGACCUUCCGCCAAGCACGUUUGUUAGGCAUGGUGGUCCUGUAACAAAGGUCGGACAGUAAUUCGCGUUUAUGUCGAGGUUACCUUGGGUCAAGGCCGUGCAGACCUCUCUUUGUUCGGCGCUAGAGCUGUUUAAUGAACGCCAGCGCACAAAAGAGACCUCUUUGUUGACGGCGCCACGGCGUCUCCAGAGCUCGCUUGACGUUGGAAAUAAAAUUAAUGCAAGCAUUCGGCUUUAAUUUUGGUCUGUGUUUGUUACAGUUUAUUCUGAAAAAGCAUUCCCGGAGACUCUUUUUGGUGCGUUUCUUAGGCGAUUAAAGUACUCCAAAUUAAAUAUGUACUUAUUUCCUGUCCCAACUCGUGUAUUUGGCGGUAGGACAUUUCCGAUAAGGAUAAGAGAGACUGGGAUGACCAUUUCUAACCCAUUAGGCGUCAUCAUCCAGUCUUACCCAAGCCCAGGGUUGCGGGACCCGACCUCGAUCUUGAGUUGCUUAGUCAUUGAGCUCAGUAAGUCUAAAACUCUACCAACUGAACCACGUGCUCCUUUUCCUGUCGGUCGCUAUCGCGUAUUGGCGCAUAUUUUCGCCUUUCCCCGUAUGAUUGGCCGCGUCAUGAUUUUGUCUUGAAGGUCCGAAUAUGUGGUGUCCACCAAAAAAACUGCACCUUGUGACAAUCAUUCUACACGGAGAAAUCAACCUGUUGAGCGCAAACACGGCUGCUACAGGUCGACCGAUUUUCGUGCUUCUACUCAACCAUCAGUAAUGACUACCGAAGUUAUAAACAAUCCCUCACCCCAUCGAGCUUUGCUGCUAAUCUAUUGGGCGAGACCCAGAAUGUCAAUACGUAAUGCAUGAAUUGAUUUAUUGAUCCGACCCCUUCAGAACUUUAGUACAAACACCGCGACUUCGCCAUAUAGCGCCCCGAUCACCUACUGCUAGGGCUGGUCGAGGAUAUCCCAUCCUAAUUUCCUCUUCCUUUUCGCUCUGCGCCAAAAUGUGUGCAUGGAUUGGCAAACAUGACUGGCGCCUCGACCGCCGCAGGGAACCAUGUUCCUCGCGUGCCGCAUGAAGUGUUCGUAGUGCAGCUGACUUGUCUGAGCAUCAGUUUGUAGUGGGGCUGACUUGCGCAGCGCCUACCGCACUCUCUCCUGCCCUCUCACCUUUCCCCGGUAGCCAGGCAUUGUCAAAGCGGCCAGAUGCGUGCGCGAGCGCUAUGGUCCACAAAACUAAGCGACCCCUCUACGUGUGCCACACACACGACCUGGUGUCCACAAUAUGCACCUGACUAUUUUAAGGUUGAAUCGCAUCUAAAUUCAGCGAGAGUGUCAUGAAGGCCACACCAAGGGGCUCUUGUAGCCUAAAACUCACUCCUCAGCAGGAGCGAGUUAUCCCGUCAGUUGCCAACUUUCCAAGCUACGACGUCCAGCCCGUCGGGUUUGAUAUAUUGAGGAAUGCCUUAAUAUGCCUCGCGAAUGAGUCCCCUAGCGUCGAUUUCAUUCCCUCUAUCUUCUCCCGCACACCUGUCGACUGUUCGAGCCUGUCAACCAGCUCUUGAUGCAAUUCGGCGCAGUGGCCGACGCGACAUGAAGACCAGUGCCUAAGGUCUGCCAACACAGGCAUGCAUGGCCGUAGCUACAGGCUUGUGCGGAGUCAGCUCCGCUCGAUAAACGCGUAUCGUGAGGCAGUCUGACCGCCCUAUUGUUCCAGAGCAUUUACAGUGCAGCACCUUUUGGAGGCUAAGUAACGAAGAACCAGUCACGUUGUGACAUGCGCAAGCUAAGUUCAUGGCCAUCUCCGACUGGCUUGAUUUGGUCGUGUUACUGGCGGGUGUGGGAAGGGAAGGUGAGGUCCGUGUUGAGGAGGCUUAUUCUAUCAUAGUCCACUUCCUGAGGUGAUGGUGGUCAUCAUCGUUUUUUUCGGAAGCGACUUGUUUCAAUUUGAUGCACGUACUGUGGCUCACUGACCCCGCGAAUGAAAGUCGAAACCCUGUGACAGCUCUGUGCCAUAUUAUCGUUUAUACCUAACUAUUUUAGUUUCUCUAUUUGCCAAGCAUUUCCUUAACUCGCAUUUAUUUACUGUUUUUUAAGUUGGUGUUUAUGUAACGGUUACGCGGACACUCCGACUGAUCUGCGUUUCGAUUUCACUAACUGACUUUUCACCCACUGCCUUUGCUCUUGACUGUGCGGCGUUGACAAUUAAGGCAUUCAGUAUGUUAUUACCGAUAAAGACAAGGGAGACUGGAAUGGUCAUUAAGUCAGUUUUAACGUGGUUAUACCGCUUGGCUUUUCUCAACUUGGUUUUUUGCGUGGGAUCGCGUUAUCGGUCGACAAGACCCGCUAAAGCCCUCUACGGCUGUGUCACCCUGGAAGAUAGCCACUCUUCUGUUGCCGUGGAAAAGUCAGAAAAUAAAUUUCCAACGGUCGUUUCGCAAGGUAGUCUUUGAGAUAUAAAAGACUGCAUGCACACAAAAUUACUAAACAACUCAGUCCCUUGUUUCGCCACUUUUCUGUCACCGCAUGACGCUAUUUUGGCCCAUUACUGGGCCUCUCAGCGUGCUCUUCAUUGUAUUAUAGCGCACGGUGCUUCAUGUCUGCGUCUGGGACUUGUCAUAUCCCCUCUUCUCCUAAGAUGUUCAUGUGCCAAAAUUUGCUGCUUUUGGAAUAGUCACGGUUCCACUCGGGAAGCCCCACUUUAUCCUUUAGGUCCACUCCAGGACAGUAGCAGUGGUUCGCCCAGCAACAAAUAAUAAAUAAUUCACUUUGACCCAACUGUAAAAAACUCGGUGCCGAAUUCUUCACAGAUGGGUCAAAGUGGAUUAUUUGAAAUCUGCCAUAACACCUUAAAAAUAAUAAAUAAUUAAGGUGAAUUACGGACAAAAUAAAUUGCUAGCAUGAUCAUUUUGGACCUCCCCGCUACUGUCGACCAGCUUUACCCGAAUGCUGGUUCGAGAAACCCCGGGUUCGUGGCUGAGCAGAGCUGGCGUCAUAAGGCUUCUUGCUUGCCAGAAGGAGCUUUAGGCGCGGCAGAAUAAACGACUUAGAACAACUCAGAAGUCACUGAGAUGGCAGGGCGAAGCCCUACAUGAUUGUGCACCAACGAAGUUGAUCUCAUUGGUAGCAAGUGUUCAUUUUGACUGAAUGUCAUAUCCCCUCGCAGUCAGCCGUCUCCCUGGUCCUCAGGUACACCCUCGUCAUUCUACUCUUCCUCCAGCGCUCUCGAACUCGCGAAGCAAAAGCGCAGGCCCAGCUGGCAGAACUGAGUCUUGUUCGUAGUGGUCUGCUGGCCAGCGCCGCCUGCGAUGCUUCGCAGGCUCGUGUACAGAACACGGAUCAUCUGCAGCGCAUCCUCGACGUGAGUCCCGCUGUUGUCCAGACCUUCCGCAUGCCGAAAUAAAUCGAGUUUUUCCUCCUAUUUUGUUUGACUCCGUCUAUCAACGGGAAUGAGGGCUAACUAUAACGAAUACAAAUCCCCAUGGCAGUUUGUAUAUCAUCAAUUCACAUUCUGGUAUUUUAAAACAGUGAUGUGCAGCACAGCAGCUCUCGCCUCCUUGGUAGAAGGAGGACGGAGGAGAUGGGAGGCCGGAAUAUCACCGAGAGUUUCUCACUCCAGCAGGUUUUUGUUGCGCAAUUACCCUCUUGUCCGUCUUUGUUUAACUCUCCGCCACAUACUCACUUGUACUUCCCUGCGAUCAAGGCGAUAUACGGGUUCUUCUCGAACAAAAGAAACUGCGCCGCUUCUCAGCUCGGAUAAAUUAACGCUUUUCAUAGAGAAAUCGCAGAUUCUGAAGCGUCGGGUCGAACACUUCAGAAGCGUCCUCAACCGUCCUCCCCCACAAUCUCCGACGCAACCAUCGUCUGUCUCCCUCAAGUGGAAACCAACCCCCACCUGGAUCUCUAGCCCUUUCCCUCUCUCAAAAACCGUCCACCCGUUCAACAAAUCUCCAGCGGGAAGGCGUUCAGCUCCGAUGAGAUCCCAUCUGGUAUCUAUAAGCACAGUGGCCAUUGCCUGAUGGACCAACUGACAGCGCUAAUGCAGGAGAUGUGGCGCUGCGGGCUGGUUUCUGAGGGUUUUAAGGGCGCGACCGUCGUAAAAGUGCAAAGGGGACCGGAAACACUAGGACAAUCGCAGGGGAUUCUCGCUACUCAACACCACCGGGAAGAUCUUCGUCCGCAUCCUCCCCAACUGUCUCAACGGCCACCUAGAGUAAGGACUCCUGCCGAAAAGCCGAUGCGGCUUUCGGCGUCACAGGGGCACCACCGAUAUGAUCUCUGCCGUCUGCCAGCUUCAAGUGAAGUACUAAGAGAUGUACUCACCUCUACAUAAUCUUCGUGAUUCUGACAAAAGCUUUCAGCACGGUGCUGUGUGAAACACUGUGGAGUAUCAUGCAGAAGUUGGGUUGUCCCGGACGAUUCACUCGCAGCUCCACGAUGGGAUGAUGGCGCGAAUCACGGACAAUGACGCAAUCUCCGAGGCAUUCGCAGUGACCAGUGGAGUGAAGCAAGGCUACCUACUCGCGCCCACCCUCUUCAGCCUCAUGUUUUCUGCCAAACUGACGGACGCCAGCCAUUAUGAGCGUUAUGGGAUACGCAUCGCCUACAAAACUGACAGGCAUCUUUUCAACAACAGGCGCAUGCAGGUUCUAACGCGACCAUCUACGACCCCGGUCAACGAUAUACUCUUUGCUGACGACUGCGCGCCCAACACAACAACCGUAGAAGACAUGCAACGGGACAUGAAUCUCUUUGCCUCUGGCUGCCCUCGCUUUGGGCUGACCAUCAGUGUAGACAAGCCAGUGAUCACGCAUUAACAGCCGUCUACUUCUGAGUACAGUGUGUCUCGCAUCCGCGUCAACGUUGCUCAAAUAAAGGCUGGGGAUAGCUUCAACUAACAAGGCAUCACAAUGCCUCGCUGCAUCAGAAUCUACGACGUAGUAAGUCAUCGGAUCGCCGACUCCAACCAAGCCUUCAGCCGACUGGAGAACUCCAUGUCGAAUUGUUACGGUCUCCGACUGAAUACCAAACAGAAGAUAUACAAGGUCGUCUUCCUGACGACACUUCUCCCUCGAGCGUAGAGCUCGAUCUUGUACUCCAUCAUGCCAAGAAGCAUAGCCAAUUCCAUUUCAGCUGCCUGCGUAGAAUACUAAAAUUGAGAAAGCAAGACAGCAUCUCCGACACGGAAGUUCUAAAACGGACCAGAAUCCCCAGCAUCCACGCUAUGCUGAGACCACUACAACUACGUUGGAGCGGGCGUUUCCUGAGGAGGGAAGAUACACGUCUACCGAAACAGCUCUUCUAUGAAGAUGACACCACCGGUGCUCACCGACCGGGAGGACCAAAAUGACGCCAAAAGGACACGAAGAAGAAUUCUCUUAGACGAGUGCAUAGCAAUCGAGAGAGCUGGGAAUCACUCACCCAGGACAGACCGGCCUGGAGAAGAGAAGACCAGCGAUGCCAUCUACGAAUCAUGCGGGAUCGCCUCCGCCAAAACCAAAAAGGGGCUCGAAAAUCACAAAUGCCUCGCUCCUCCAAUGCAAACCAUCCGUCGCCUUCAACAUGCCCACGCUGACAACGCCUAUUCCGCGCACGAAUGGGCCUCGUUGGACACCUUCGGACCCACUACGCCCUAAACUCAACAGCGUUCACCUCAUCUCACUCUCGCCCCUGCCGCAAACCCCACGCUGACUGCCACCCCUGCCACCGCUGAUCACACUGUCGCUGCCUCACCGCCAUCAUCCAUCGACACCAUCCGCACUGCGUGGACCGCAGCGACCAGCAUCAACAUUACCAUGACUCCACUCACUCCCCGCCCCCACGUUGGGACAACGUCUGAUGUCCCAGCAACCUCUGCCAUCAUUGUCAACACUUCCACAUUUAGCGAUGUGGGCUCGUUUCAUGCCUGUCCCCAUUGCGAUCUCACAAUCACCUCACACAUCGGCCUGGUCGGUCACUUACGAGUCCGUUGCACGGAGACUGGCGAACCAGUGCCAUGA